AUGACUCUGAGUCCCCGUAGAUGGAGCCUCGUGAAGCGGCAGUAUGAAGCAGGUCUGCCCGCUACAGGAGCCCCACACAGCGGCCCAGUGUCCCUAUCUCGGGGCCUCUUCACGGGUUACAGCGCGGACGCGGGCUUCGGGGCCAUGAUGGAGCUGAUGGCGGUGAUGAUGCUGGAGGAUAACAGACCGCGCCGCUGUGCACAUGCGCACUCGAUCUCAUGCGCAGCACACGCGCCGCACACGCAGUUCAGCUGCACUGCGGGGGGGUAUGGGGCCCAGAGGACUCUGGAUCUAAACUACGACCCCGGGAACAUUGUGGUCCUUUUGCAUCUGUUCUCAGCCCCGGCCCAUACACAAAUUCACUCUUCUUACAGUCAAAAUGAUUGA